UUUUCGAAUUUUGUAAGCAGUGUGAUUAAAAGGCGGCCGUUUGUUGUUUGUUAUUUGUUAUUUUAAGCGUCGAUUCGUGUUAAAUUAGCUAACUUGUAAGGAUAUUUGUGGCAUCUGAGUGUUGCAGUUUGAGAAGUGCAGUAGGAGCAGCUAAAAACACCUCUAUUAGUUAAAUACAGAUUGUGUGCAGAAGAAAUGUCGGAUUCAGUGACAGUUGCGUUGCGCGUGCGCCCGCUGGUAAAGUCGGAACUGGAGCGAGGCUGCCGCAUUGCCGUGCAACGCGCCGUCGACGGGACGCCACAGGUGACGGUGAAUCGCAGUGAUUCCUUCACGUACAACUACGUCUUUGACAGCAGCGACACACAGCAGGCCAUCUACGAGAGCUGUGUGCGCAGCAAGCUGAAGAAACUGCUGCGCGGUUACAAUAUUACGAUAUUGGCAUACGGCCAGACAGGAUCCGGCAAGACGUACACAAUGGGAACGGCUUUUGAUGGGGUCAUGGAUGAGAAUGUUGGCGUUAUACCGCGCGCAGUACAUGAAAUAUUCCAGGAGACAGCUGCCAUGGAGGAUGAGUUUAAUUUCAAAAUCACCUGCUCAUUUGUGGAACUGUAUCAGGAGCAGUUCUUUGAUCUAUUCUCGCCGAACAAACGGGAGGAGAGCACCGUGGACAUACGGGAGGAUAAGAAUCGUAUUGUCAUACCGGGACUCACCGAGGUGGAGGUGUCCGAUGCCAAGCAAGUGACCGAUCAGCUGAUGCGCGGCUCCUCAGGUCGAGCAGUUGCCUCGACCGCCAUGAAUGAGACUUCAUCCCGUUCCCAUGCGAUAUUCACACUGACCGUGAUUGCCACCAUGAAGACUGGCCAAAAAUCGGUGACCACGUCGAAAUUCAAUUUGGUGGAUCUCGCUGGCUCGGAGCGCUGCUCCAAGACGCUUGCUUGUGGGGAUCGCUUCAAGGAAGGCGUUAAUAUCAACAAGGGUCUGCUGGCGCUGGGCAAUGUCAUCAAUGUGCUUGGUUCUGGACAAACGGCGGUUUAUGUGCCUUAUCGACAGUCGAAGUUGACGCGCCUGCUGCAGGACUCGCUGGGUGGCAAUUCCAUAACAUUAAUGAUUGCCUGCGUCAGUCCCGCCGACUACAACGUGGCGGAAACGCUCAGUACACUGAGAUAUGCGGAUCGUGCGCUGCAGAUCAAGAACAAGCCGGUCGUGAAUGUGGAUCCACAUGCGGCUGAAGUGAUGAUGCUGAAAGAUGUCAUACAAAAGCUGCGUAUGGAGCUAUUGGGCACCGGUGGCGGCGGAGGUAACGUUGGAGUUGCCUUUGAAGCAGGUGGAAGUGGAGCAGCGGCAGUGGAGGGACAGCGGAUUAGCGAGCAACUGCAGCAGCUGCAAAAGACAAAUGCGCUCAUUGAGAAGAAGAAUCGAAAGCUGCAGCAGGAACUGCAGCAAGCACUCAUCGAUCUGGCCGAGAAUGAGAUGCGUGCUCACAUGGCGGAAGUAACGCACGAUAAACUAAAGGCACAUGUGCUCGAAUUGAAGGCGAAACUAAGUGAGACAGCUGUGCCAAAGAUUGAAGAGCUUGUGGAGCAAUCCCAGAGCGAUGCCCUGUGGCAACAGCAACUACGCGAAAUCACGCAACUCGUCACCAACGUGGACGAGGAGCUGCAGCAAACGGAAAGCGCUUUGCAGACGCAUCGCAAGGAGUGCCUCAAUGGCAGCGGCGUCGCAGGCAAUGAGGAGUCCAACUCGGGCUGCCAGGAGACACACGAGCUGCUGCAGUCACGAACCGAGGAGCAUACCAUGAAGCAGCUCAAUCUCAACGGCGAACUUCGCAACAUUAAUCGUCAGCUGAAUCUGAAGCAGGAAUUGCACGAUCGCGUUGCCCGGAACUUCGAUCAACUGCAGGACGAUGACAUUGAUGAGAAGUUCAAGCAAUGCGAACUGAAGAUCGGUCAGCUGGAAGCGGAGCGACGUGAGCUCAUGGAACAACUGCGUACCACAAAGCAAAAGGAUACAUCCGCCAAGCUGGCCGAGGAGCGUCGCAAGCGAUUGCAGGCGCUGGAGCAAGAGGUGACCGAUAUGCGACGCAAGAUGACUCAGCAGGCCAGCAUGCUGAAGAUGCGCGAAAAGGAGCGCGAAAAGAUACAGAAUCUAAGCAGCGAGAUACGCGCCAUGAAGGAGUCCAAGGUGAAACUGAUACGGGCCAUGCGCGGCGAAUCGGAGCGAUUCCGCCAGUGGAAAUUGAUGAGCGAAAAGCAGCUGACCCAGCUCAAGAGCAAGGAUCGCAAGAUGCAGAGUGAAAUGGUGCGCCAGGAGACGUUGCAUGCCAAGCAGCGUCAGGUGCUAAAGCGCAAGUGCGAGGAGGCGAUGGCCACCAACAAGCGCUUAAAGGAUGCCCUGGAGCGUCAAAGAGCUGCGCAGGCGCAACGUCAACGACAUGCCAAAGAUCAACCAGGAGCAGCCAAGCUGGAUGCUUUGGUAGAUCGCGAACUGGAGGUGAUAUUAUCGUUGAUCGAUGCUGAGCACAGUCUGGAGCAGCUAAUGGAGGAUCGCGCUAUCAUCAAUACGCAUUGCAAUGAGAUUAGAGAGCAGCAAUCCAACCCAGACGAAGAUCAGGCUCAGCUGCUGGUCAGCCUCGAGGAGGAGCUGGAGAUGCGCAAUGCCCAAAUCGCUGAUCUGCAGCAGAAGGUCUGCUCCAACGAUCUGGAUAGUCGGAUGCGUGCUCUAUGCGAGAAUGUGCAAAGCAUUGGGGAAUCGCGUGCGAUCACCAAACAGCUGCUCAAGAGUCUCGUCCAGCAACGGCGUGAACAGGCCCAGGGCAUUAUGGAGCAAAAGAUGCUGUUGGAUGAGCAGCGCAGCCAGUUGAAUGAGGAACGGCAACGGCACGAGGAGCUAACCAAACGCUUGCGACUGGAAGAGUGCAAGCAUGAAGAGCUAAUGGUUAAUCUACAGCGCAACUAUGAGGAGAAGGUGGCUGUCCUAUUGCGCAGCUCACACCAGUCUGGCCAUCAAGGUGACACAGCUGAAGACUUGGAGCGACAGCAGAUUGUCGAGGAGAUGCUUCGCAAAAAAGAAGAGCUCCAACAAGAGCUCGAUAAGCUGAAGCUCAAGUCACAAAAACGCAUCGCCGUUCAAGUACCAAGCCCCAUCGAGGUCAACGACGAGGAGUUGGACAACUCUUUUGACGGCGAUGAUGAAAUGAACAACACUUUGGGCAGCGAUACCGAGUGGAUACCGGAGAAACGCUCCAGAAAAUCAAAUAACACCUCAAAGGCUAAGAGAAAUCCAGAUAGCAGCAACACCAGCAUCGAGAACACCUCCAACUCCGUGCAAGUCACCAUGAAUGCGAGCUCAGUGGCAGAUGAAACGCGUAAAACUUUCCGGGGUUGCAGAUGUCGCACGAAAUGCGAUUCGAAACGUUGCGGUUGUUUUUCAAAUGGCAACACUUGUGCCAGCUCCUGCAAGUGCAGUGGAAAAUGCCUGAAUCCUUUCAAUACAGACAACAAUGCCGAUAAGGAGAACUCGACGCCUGCCAAUCUUCAGAAUGUUACAGUUACGCUGAAAAGUCAUUCGCCUAAGGAAAGAAGCACCAUUUCGGAAGUUGAUGAGAAUGACACUAAUAAAUCGGAUCCAGAUAUGGAAGCAAUAGAGAAAACGCCUACGAAACUUUCAACUCAUAGCAGCUGUGGACCUCUCUCAACUGUCAACUCGAUCAUGGAGGUGACCGCCUCCAAACUGCCCAUGCACUCCCAACUGAACUUUGAUACGCCAUCAUCCAAAAAGAAGUUCUUUUAACUAAUACGUAUUAUAAUCAUAUGUCAUUUUAGUAUAUAUUCAUAUUGUUAUUGUCUAGUUUAAGUGAUUAUUUUUUUAUAUCAUAUUUCUUUAUUUCGUGUGUUUUCUUUAUAAA